AUGGACGCGCUCAAGUCCGCAGGGAGGGCGCUGAUCCGAAGCCCCAGCCUCGCCAAGCAGAGCUGGGGGGGCGGCGGCCGGCACCGCAAGCUGCCUGAGAACUGGACAGACACUCGGGAGACAUUGCUUGAGGGGAUGAUCUUCAGCCUCAAGUACCUGGGCAUGACGCUGGUGGAGCAGCCCAAGGGCGAGGAGAUGUCGGCAGCCGCUGUCAAGAGGAUCGUGGCCACGGCCAAGGCCAGCGGGAAGAAGCUGCAGAAGGUGACUCUCAAGGUGUCUCCACGGGGGAUUAUCCUGACCGACGGCAUCACCAACCAGCUCAUUGAGAACGUGUCCAUUUACAGGAUCUCCUACUGCACAGCAGACAAGAUGCACGGCAAGGUGUUUGCUUACAUCGCCCAGAGCCAGCACAGCGAGAAUCUUGAAUGCCACGCCUUCCUCUGCACCAAGCGGAAAGUGGCUCAGGCUGUCACCCUCACGGUAGCUCAGGCCUUCAAAGUUGCCUUUGAGUUUUGGCAGGUGUCCAAGGAAGAGAAGGAGAAGAGGGAGAAAGCCAGCCAAGAGGGAGGGGACGUCCUGGGCGGGGGCCGCUGCGACAGCACCCCCUCGUUGAAGAACUUGGUCGCCACCGGGAACCUAUUGGACUUGGAAGAGAAGGCCCCGCUCUCCACAGUCAGCGCCAAUACCACUAAUAUGGACGAGGCGCCGAGGGCUCCAGCCUUGAACAACAGCAGUGUUGUCUGGGAGCUGGAUGACGACCUGGAUGAAGCAUUUUCAAGGCUUGCCCAGUCUCGGACGAACCCUCAGGUCCUGGACACUGGACUGACCGCACAGGACAUCCAUUACGCCCAGUGCCUCUCACCUGUCGACUGGGACAAACCUGACAGCAGCGGCGCUGAGCAGGAGGACCUCUUCAGCUUCUGAGCACCCAGAGCUGGCGGGACAUGUGACCAAAGCCACCUAUGGUUGGGAUGGGACACCCCCGGCCACCCUUUUCCAGUGGGCAGCACUGUCAGCCUGCAGACCAAAGCUGCAUCCAGUUGAGCAAAGGGAAGGAGAAACUUUUUUUUAACCCUACUCUUUCUCUAAGAACUGAAGGAUGCCUUGAAUAUUUAUUCAGUGACUUCUGGUUCGACUCGGAAGCAAGUUUUGUGUCAGGCAGGAGCACAGCGUCAUAACCAGCUUCCUGCCAUCUCUUAGGCGAGCUCCACCCUGCUGUGGGUGUCUGGACGAUGACCAAAGCCUUUCUUGCCCCUUUUCUCUAAGGACCCAGUUUCCCUGGAGGCGUCCCUGCUCCUCAGUGAAGGUGGUCGGAGCAUUCAUUCCCAUCACCUUUUGAGCAGGGGGGCGCAUCGUAGCCUCGGAGAGGGCUGCAGCCUCCAGCUCAUCUGUGGCAGGGGCCCAGCAGGCCUGGACUUCAGCCUCUGGCCCCGGGGCCCUCAGAGGCAGGGGGCAGCCCCUGACCAAAGACGACACACAGCUGGCACUUUAAAGCACACACAGUGGGUGUGGCUCCUGGGGGCUGCUCCAUGGUGCUGCAUGCAAAGAGCUUCCCAGCUGCCCUUCCACAAGAAGGGGUCCAAAGUCCUGAAGGGUGGUCCUGUCAGCGCUCCAAACAGUGUGACUGGCUGCCCACAGACCCCCAGAGUGUGACCGCAACAGUGGUGAUCACCUGUGUAUGACUGCCCUCCAUCGGGUCCCCCACCCCCCUUCUCCCCCAGCGGUGAGCUGUGCUCACUCAUCCGUGUGUCUGCAUGUCCCGCGUGUGUCCCUGAGUCCAACUCCCCUACUUCCUGGGGGAAUGUGUGAAACCUCAUGCCCAGAUCUGGGGAAGAAUAUUUUGUUGCCUUUUUACGGUUGAGAAAACAGGCCACCAGCGUGGAAGGGGUCGAGUCUAGAGCAGAGCCCAGGCCCGAUGCCAAAGCCGCCUUCUCACCUGUGCCUCACACAGUUCACACCUCCUUUUCUCUAGCUUUGUCGUCCUCUCAGAAACCAAAAACCCCAGCUAUUUUCUGACCAAAGUGUGUUUUGUAACAAGCCAUCUGGUGCCUUUCUACAGAAGGGGCGUGAGCCUCCGCGCCCUGCUAGCUCUCUGGUUGCUGUUGAUUUCCGUGAAGAUGGAAGUGUUUGAAGUCUGUUAAUUCGUAGAGUUAAACAAAACCAAACUCUAAGCAUCCUGACAUUCCGACCCUGGGUCGGGACACACAGGCAGCGGUCUGUUUUCAGGGUCUUCCUUCUUGCCUCCCUGUUCAUCCCCACAGGGCUGCCCGCAGCCUGGAGCGCAGCCCACAGCCUCCAGGCCUGGCUUUGCUGGCCUUGAGUACAUUAGUGCUUGUAGCUGGAGCAGGUCUCACCAUCCCAGGGAUAACACGCACCGCUCCUUAGACUCGACUUGUUUAAGCACUUGAACCGAAACACAAAGACAGAAGUGCCUGGGUGCAGAGCGGGGUGGGAUUUGUGGGGUCUGGACCACAGUAUAGGCAUAACUUCCUUUCCUUGCCCAGCUCCUGCACCCCCGCUGCCCUUCCCAGACCUUGGUGUCGGCCCCCAUGUUUGUCACCAGGCAGUAAGGGUCAGUCCUGACACACUGUCCUUGACACCAGGGCCCAGGAGCUCCAGAAAGGGCCAGGCCAUGUUGUGUGAGCGGGACUGGCCUUCGCUCUGGUCUCUGGCCACCAGCGGUCAUGUGUUCCCUGUAGGUCUACAGAUAAGUUGUGCUUUUGUGUGUUGUAAAGGAAUUUCGAGCGAGGAAAAGAACAAGUAAUAAACGUCCUCUUUCUGAAACACUAAGUGUUUGGAUGGA